AUGGCAGGGUCAUCCUCUUCUGAGCUGGACUCAUCGUCCAUUCCCUCGCCCACCAGCUCCGAGGUCGACGAACAUAUUCUGAGAAUGCGUCAAGACAAAGGCGCUAACAGUCAGGGGGUGGCGUUGGAGGGGGACGACGACGUAGACAACGAGGGCAGGGAGUGCAAGGAGGAUAGAGAGAGGAGCGGGGGAGACAAUGGAGCAGACGACGCGAAGGCUAGGAACGAAAGUCACAGAGACGAUCGUAGCAGCUUUGCCGCUCCUGUAGGCGCAAGGCCUGACGCACAAUCACUCGAGGUAGCAAGCAUCGGAGACACCACGCCAGCCCAACCCGUCAGGCAACCUCAUCACGCCAGACAAGGCUCAUCACCUCGCACUCCGCCGAUGAGCACCUCAACAGCUCGGCCUCCGCCUCGCUUCACAGCGCCAUCGCCCUACGUCCCCGUACCAUCGAUCCAGCGCCUGCCAGCCCCAACCCAAUCCUCCACGCCGCGUCCUCUACCCUACCUCUCAGAUGGGCACCACGUUAUCCCUGUCUGGCAUGCCGGCGCACUCAGUUUCUUCAUCUCCUCGUGGGGAACAGCCUUCCUGCCCACCUCGGUCGGGGAACAGCCAUCGUCAACGGUACAAUGCUUUACCGAGACGAUCAAGAGCGGCGCCCUGUUGCCCACCGAGGUCAUUGCCGUGCCCAUUGUCGCGGGGAAGGAGCACUCCGGGGGGAGGCUCGAGGGUAGCCUUCUUGUGCGCAUAGCCGGGGACUAUCGGGCACUCUGGACUAUCUCCUCACCGAUCUACUUCGCGUCCACCACCUAG